UUUGAGCAGUGUUGUUUCUUCUGCUUGCCUGCUAAUUGUAGUGCAUUUAUGCUUGCUAGAUUGUAACUGAAAUAAUAACCCAGUCAAGAUUUUUCCUGGAUCUUCCUUUUUGUCAUGGCUAAAGUCGCAAUCAGUAUUUGCUGACCAACUUUACUCUUUACAUUGAGAUUUGAGGAGGAAUUUCUGGUUAUUUGGUAAGAUUUAACUAAAAUCUUGCUAAAAUCUGCUUAAAUCCGGUAUCCAAACAUCCGCUUACUAAUAUGGGUUCAAUGAGACGUUUGAUCGAGUUAUGCUGCAUUAUAUUAUGGUUGGAACGCUUGGUUUUUCCUCCAGUUUUAACAGAGGCAUAUCAGUCUACAUCUGAAAGAGGUUUUGGAGUUAAAAUUCCAAAUCCUUGCUUCGCUGUCAGUUGGCUGGAUGAUAAAACCACUUACAAAGCUGGUGACAUGGCAACUAUUAAGAUUAAGCUAUUGAACAAUUCGUUAAAUGGUAACAUCAGCACAUACAAAAUGCAUUUCUCAGUUUCUGUGAGUGGGAAGAAAGGAAAUAGCUCAUAUAUAUCUGCUGUAUUUCCUUACUUUGACGGAAAUCCUAUGUUUUGGAAUAUUUCUUUUACACCCAUCCAAGUUGGAAACUUUUCUGUGGUUGUUGUUGAAGAUUUUUCUGGUGUUAUUGAUUCGUCACUUCAUUUCAGUGUUACUGCUGGACUAAUGUACCCAUCUGCUUGUCUGCCUUUUUGGAUGGAUUCUUCUGAGGAGUCUGUUGCUGGGACCAAAACUUAUUUGCUGAUAUAUCCUAAAGAUGCUUUUGGAAAUAAUAUCUCAUCAGUGGAUAUGCCAAUGAGUGAUCAUUUUACUUUGUCAGCAUCUUAUCCAAACGGAUCUACAGCAGAGAUUUUCAAUUUCGUUUCUAGUUCUUGGAACGAUUUGGGAUAUUUUUUCAUCGAGUUUAUUCCCACCAUUGCUGGAAAGCUCAUGUUACAUGUUUAUGGUGAUAAUCAAACCUUAAAUGGUUCUCCUCUUCCAUUUACAGUCAUAUCAGGUUGGUUUCUUGCAGUAUAGAUUUUUCAUUAUC